AGUGACUCCGCUGCGGCCAGCGCCGCGGCCGCCGCCGCCGCCGCGCGCAGUUCAAUACCCGCCGGAGGUGGGCCAAAGGGUGCUAGAGCGCGGGGGAGGAGCGGAGCCCGGCGCGUCCCGGGAGAACCGCCACCGCCCCCAGGAGUCCGCUGGAGCGCGGAUCCCCCUGCAGGGGAGGAGGAGAGCGGCGGGCGGGACGCGGCGGCGGGCGCGCACCAUGCAGUCCCGGCGGGGCCAGCGCUGGCUGCUCGCCGUGCUGUGAGGCGGCGGGAUCCCCCGGUCGCCGCACACCGCCUUCCUCUUGCCCAGGUGCUGCCAGGCGCGCUCGCCCUUCGUCCGGCUCCCGGACCCUGGUGGAACGCACAGCCUGCCCCGCGUCCUGCCCCGCCCGGAUCAUGCGGGGGGGCCCGCAGGAGGUGAGGGCGAAUGACCGGUCUGCGGCGACCUCGUUCAGGGGGCGACCCCCUCUCUGAGACGCCCCCACCUGCUGCCAUGUGCUGCCUCCUCGGGUACCCAGCCUAUCGCCAAACUUUCCCGAUGCCAGCCUGUCUCUGAGUCGCGUUUCUGAGCGAAGUGUUCCAGAGACGGAGGGCCCAGGCUGGCUACGGACUAUCUGCUUCUCUCGGGAUCCUCAGAGAGUACUUUCCUUGGAAUCGGAGCCCUAACCGUCCCUCCCCAGCCCUCUCCAGCGAAGAGCUGAGCGCUCCCUGCGGAGGCAGCGCCCUCCCGAAACAGUUUAUCUUUGGACGGAUUUCUUUAAAAGAAAAAGAAACCAACAGGUUGCCAGUCCCGGCGCCACACAAGUCGGCGGAGAGGGAAGCCCGGAUCCCGGUUUCCCCUGCCUGAGCUGGCCCCGCGCUGGCUGCGGGAGACGAGGGGAGGGAGGGGGCUAUGGCUCGGCCAGACCCGUCCGCGCCGCCUUCGCUGCUGCUGCUGCUCCUAGCGCAGCUGGCUGGCCGGGCGGCGGCCGCCUCCAAGGCCCCAGUGUGCCAGGAAAUCACAGUGCCCAUGUGCCGCGGCAUCGGCUACAACCUGACGCACAUGCCCAACCAGUUCAACCACGACACGCAGGACGAGGCGGGUCUGGAGGUGCACCAGUUCUGGCCGCUGGUGGAGAUCCACUGCUCGCCGGACCUGCGUUUCUUCCUGUGCUCCAUGUACACGCCCAUCUGCCUGCCCGACUACCACAAGCCGCUGCCGCCCUGCCGCUCGGUGUGCGAGCGCGCCAAGGCCGGCUGCUCGCCGCUCAUGCGCCAGUAUGGCUUUGCCUGGCCGGAACGCAUGAGCUGCGACCGCCUCCCGGUGCUGGGCCGCGACGCCGAGGUCCUGUGCAUGGAUUACAACCGCAGCGAGGCCACCACGGCGCCCCCCAGGCCCUUCCCGGCCAAGCCCACCCACUCAGGCCUGCCGGGGUCGCCGGCCUCGGGGAGCGACUGCGCCACCGGGGGCCCGUCGGUGUGCAAGUGCCGCGAGCCCUUCGUGCCCAUUCUCAAGGAGUCGCACCCGCUUUACAACAAGGUGAGGACGGGCCAGGUACCCAACUGCGCGGUGCCCUGCUACCAGCCGUCCUUCAGCCCCGACGAGCGCACGUUCGCCACCUUCUGGAUCGGCCUGUGGUCUGUACUGUGCUUCAUCUCCACCUCCACCACGGUGGCCACCUUCUUAAUAGACAUGGAACGCUUCCGCUACCCUGAGCGCCCCAUCAUCUUCCUGUCAGCCUGCUACCUGUGCGUGUCUCUGGGCUUCCUGGUGCGCCUGGUCGUGGGCCAUGCCAGCGUCGCCUGCAGCCGCGAGCACAGCCACAUCCACUACGAGACAACGGGCCCUGCGCUGUGCACUGUCGUCUUCCUGCUGGUCUACUUCUUUGGCAUGGCCAGUUCCAUCUGGUGGGUCAUCCUGUCGCUCACCUGGUUCUUGGCGGCUGGCAUGAAGUGGGGCAACGAGGCCAUUGCGGGCUAUGCGCAGUACUUCCACCUGGCCGCGUGGCUCAUCCCCAGUGUCAAGUCCAUCACUGCGCUGGCACUGAGCUCCGUGGACGGGGACCCGGUGGCCGGCAUCUGCUACGUGGGGAACCAGAACCUGAACUCGCUGCGCGGCUUCGUGCUGGGCCCGCUGGUGCUCUACCUGCUGGUGGGCACGCUCUUCCUCCUGGCGGGCUUCGUGUCGCUCUUCCGCAUCCGCAGCGUCAUCAAGCAGGGCGGCACCAAGACGGACAAGCUGGAGAAGCUCAUGAUCCGCAUCGGCAUCUUCACGCUGCUCUACACUGUGCCAGCCAGCAUCGUGGUAGCAUGCUACCUGUACGAACAGCACUAUCGCGAGAGCUGGGAGGCUGCGCUCACCUGCGCGUGCCCCGGCCCGGACUCUGGCCAGCCGCGCGCCAAGCCCGAGUACUGGGUGCUCAUGCUCAAGUACUUCAUGUGCCUUGUGGUGGGCAUCACGUCGGGCGUUUGGAUUUGGUCCGGCAAGACUGUGGAGUCGUGGCGGCGCUUCACCAGCCGCUGCUGCUGCCGCCCGCGGCGGGGCCACAAGAGCGGCGGCGCCACGGCCGCGGGGGACUACGCCGAGGCGAGCGCAGCGCUCACGGGCAGGACCGCGCCGCCGGGCCCCGCCGCCGCCUAUCACAAGCAGGUGUCCCUGUCGCACGUGUAG